UACGUUAACAUACGACACAGUUACAGUGAUAGGGGUAAACGAUCGUAUAUAUAAUAACGAUCAAAGAAAAAUUGAAUAAAUAUCGCAGUGUGCUAUAACGUCACUAGUGAUCCUCAGCAGCAAGAAAGCUUAAUGACCACAAUUCAACGAUCUGUCGCAGUGGUUUGUUUCCCUGUAGCGACGUACCGGUUUUAACUUAGUUAUUAUAAGUGGAUUAUUUUUAUAGGAAGGUAAAAAUGACAACAAGAAUUAAUCUACAUACAUGUGUUAUUUUUAGCAUACAUGGAAGAGGAAAAUAUGUAGUUCUGAUUUGAGAAUUGAUCUGAUCGUAUAAAAAGUAUAUUGAUCUUCACCGACAGGUAUAUUUUGUUUGUUAUUUAUACGGUGUUAUAAAACUGUCUAUUAAUGUGAAAUAAGAUAUGCAACGUCUGAAAAAACAAUCAAAGCAAAAUCAUGCAACGGUUCGGAUUGAGUAACGACAAUUUACUAUUUAGUGAAUAUUUCUUUGAAAUGGAUGAAUUCGAAACACAAGUUAGCUUAUUCAUUACAAUAGCUAUAUUAGCUGCAUUUGCUGGAUCAAAGGCAAUUUAUGACCGGUACCGAAAAUCAUUCACCAAAAUUAAAGUUGUGGUUGUUGGCGCUGGACCAAUAGGGUUAUCGUCUGCCAUUAUCGCUCUUAGAUCAACAAAAGUUUCAAAAAUAACGAUUUUUGAAGAAAGGGAACGAAACGAACUUAUCUACACUUCUUAUCAAAUAAGUUUUGAUGAUCAGAGUAUUCAAUUCUUGAAAAGUCUUGGAGUAGAUUUUGAUAAUAUUGAAGGUUGUUGGAAAGGAAACUAUUUCCAGACAAACGCAGGUGUUUAUAUGCAAUACAUUUUAGAGAAAUUAAAACUAUCAUCAAAUAAAACAGUAUGCGACAUUCAUUUUAAAACACGGUUCUGUCGAGAGACAUUGAAGGAUAUAGAAGGCAUACAAGGAAGAUGUCUAGUAAUAACAUCCGAUGGACGUAAUGGCCAGGCGCAAAGGAUUCUUGGACUGAACGACUUUAGUGAGCAAUACUCGUGUGGUGCAUUCGGAACUGUUGCUGCUGUUGAAAGAGCAGAUUUACGAGAAAUUCCUACACCGGAAAUACGUGUUCAUAAUUUAAACUUUGAUUUGUCAGCAUAUGGAGGCAGUGCUCCUGAAGCAAAUGGGACGCCUGGAUUUAGUUUAAAAAUAUUUGGAAAUAGCAAACAUAGAUUUAUUUCCUUAGCAAUAGCAAAAUGUGAUUUACCUGUUGUAAAAGCUUUACGUACCAUAUUAGACAGAGCUAUGAUGCGGAAUAUAUUUUUAAAAUGUUUUAACACGUACAAGUUAUCAUCAGAACCAUUACUGAGUGAAUCAUAUGCCUUAAACCAUAUGAAGUACAGUCCGAGACUGUUUGAAAUAAAACUUUCCCAAAGAAGUGAAACAGUUGCCUAUUUUGAUGACUGUGAUAUGUUUGUGUUAGCUGAAGGGGAAGCUGCAGCUUUUCUCAAUUUUCAUACGGGUUUAGAUAUAAAUCCUGCCAUAAGAGGAUUAACAUCACUUGGACGUUUUAUUGAAAUGAUAACAGUUGCCGACACUGAACAUGCGGUUUCUAAUGCCUUAAUGUAUAAGAUGAAGCAUUCCGAACAGUUAUUUAGAGACUUCGUAAAAAAUGGUAUUCGAGAGUAUAUGCUGACGUAAUAAUUGAUUCAGAUUAUGAAAUGUGUUUGUAGAGUACAAGAGACCAAAUUGCCAUUAGAAGACAGAAGACUACCUUAUAUCCCUCCUAUAAAAACUAUUUAUGAAUUGAAUGUCUAAAUAUGUUGUGGCUAAAAAAUAUAGUUGUGUUUUUUGCCCCUGUACAUACCUUUAAAUUUUACUUUUACCCUAACACGAAUAUUUCUAUAUUUAGUAUAAUUAUGUAAAAUAUUUGAAGGCUGUUUUCCCUAUAUACCAACCCUCAAUGUGUAUUCCUACCCGAACAAAUUUUAAGAAAAAAAUAACAGUAUACCAUCAAUAAUGACCAGAAUAUUAAAAAUAUUAAAUAUUUGAAAAAUAUUGUACCUUUUUUUCCCCUUUUGUUCUACCUAGAGGCACAAAACAAAUUCGUUCAUUUAUACAUUGUAUUAUGUAAUUUGUUAUUGGAAGUUGUAUUGCAACUUAUCUGUCAAAUCAAGUUUAACUAUUUGUUUUUAAAAACUUGCUACAUUUUAGUCGCGAUAGAAUUUGAUUUAUUACUUUUUUCUUCCAUUGCAUCAAUUUAAGGUUGUCUUCACAAAUGGUAUCAUUACCGCAUUGUGUUACAUUUGAUUCAUUUUUUUUUCUGGUACUUACAUGUAAGUUCGUAGGAACAUUCAGUACAAAAGCUUUAAUAUAUGUUAUUCGUUUUACAUUUCGUACUUUUGGAAUGCUAUUUGCCUUCCAACAGACGAUAUAACAUUCAAUUCGUUUUGUAAUCACUGGUACAAGCACAUGUGAAGACACAGUGCCAAAAGAAUGUAUGUGUAUAAGAGUGAAUAAUAUUUAGAUUCUAAAAGUUGAACCAACAUUAAACAUUUAUUUAUUUAUUUUGUUUUACUUAUUUUUUUUAUUUUUAUUUGACAUAAAAUAAAUAAGGAAGAUGCAAGUCAUGUCAAAUUAGAAAAUGCAGACACUUUGUUUUCUACCUUUAGUUCCGUUAAACUUAACCCUCAUUUAUAUAUAUUAUUAAAAGAAAUCUCUCACAAUUUGCAAGUAAAAAUGUGUAUUUUUUUUUUUAUUAAUGCCUGAAAAGAUCGCUUUCUAAUCAAAGUUAUUCACCUUUAAUCAGUUGUUACAAAAUGAUAUAACUGCGAUAUUUCCCAUAAAGAUUUAUGAAUGCAGUUGUAACGCUUGAAGUCCUGAUGCAAUCAAUCCAAUUAAAUGAUUAGUAACACGAUGACAAAUAUGUUUAAAAAUGUUUAAAAAGAUGUACAUUUUUAUUUGAUGUAGGUAUUUUCUUUGAUACAUGUAUGUGCUCAUUGUAAUUUUUUUAUAAGACAACCUUUUGCAUCAAUUGCUUUCCAAACAUCUAAGAAAUACGGAUACUGUUUUCACACGAUCAUUUGUUAACCGGAUUUUUGUGACAAAAAUGUCGGUUAUUGAUUUGGGGAUGUACGGCGGUCGGGCGGGCGGCAACCAAAUGUUGUCCGUGCAUUUACUCAUGAACCGUUCAACCAAAGCUUCAAAUUUUAAUAUGUUGUUACAGACAACAAAAUUAGGGACAAGUUCAAUAAUGACGAUUUUGACUUUUACCGUUCAGGAGUUCUUGAAAGAUUGAAAAAUAGCUUUUCCAGUCGUGUCCGUGCAUUAACUCAUGAACUGUUCAACCAAAGCUUUUCAAAUUUUAAUAUGUUGAUACUUAUGACAAAAUGGAGGUCAAGUUCGAUAAUGACGAUUUUGACUUUUACCGUUCAGGAGUUAUGGUUCUUGAAAGAUCGAAAAAUGUCUUUUCCGUUCGUGUCCGUGCAUUUACUAAUGAACCAUUUAACCUAAGCUUUUCAAAUUUUAAUAUGUUGAUACUGAUGACAAAAUGAAGGUCAAAUUUGAUAUUGACGUUUUUCACUUUCACCGUUCAUCAGUUAUGGCUCUUGUGAUACUGUCCAAUAUUUUUGGUAGUUAUACCCCGUCUCUAGGAUUGAUGGCGAAAUUGUAUAUACCUUGUCCGUCUGUCCUUCCUUUCAACAAUUUUUACAGUUGAUAGUACUCAACAUAAUGUCAUCCUGUUUGGUCAGCCGCAUGACUGUUGUUAUUUUGUGCACAUGUCAGACCUGUAUAACACAUAUCUUAUAUUUGCCCAUUCUUGUUAUUUUUCAAUGUUUUGAAAACUUUAGAGUGUUAUGUCAAACAUAUCUCCAGUUCUACUGAACAGAGGGAA